GGACCCAUCCGCGCGCCCGCCAUCGCCCCUUUAAGAGCGGCGCUCGCGGGCGGCAGGGAGGCGGCGGGCGGGGGCGCGCGCGGAGGGAGGAGGGGGCGCGCGCUUCCCGGAACAGCCCGCGCUGAGGGAAGAGAGGAAGAAAAUAAAACCCGUGGCUGGAGCUGAAGCUGGAGCUGCCGCCGCUGCCGCCGCCGCCGCCUUGGCCGUCUGGAGCUCCCCCGCGCGGACGAUGCCCGCGGUGCCCGUGCGGGGCUCGGGGCGGUGAGGCCCGGGGCGCGGGGUAGCUAUGGCGACCGCUAGCGCGGCCCGCGGAGCCGCCUGACAGGUGUGGGCCCCGGCGGCAGCGGCGGCGGCGGCGGCGGCGGCUCGGAGCAGCAUGUACGCCAAGGGGGGCAAGGGCUCGGCCGUGCCCUCCGACAGCCAGGCCCGCGAGAAGUUGGCCCUGUAUGUCUACGAGUACCUGCUGCACGUCGGUGCCCAGAAGUCAGCCCAGACCUUUCUGUCUGAGAUCCGAUGGGAGAAGAACAUUACACUGGGGGAACCCCCAGGCUUCCUACAUUCCUGGUGGUGUGUGUUCUGGGACUUGUACUGUGCAGCACCCGACCGCAGAGAGGCAUGUGAGCACUCAAAUGAGGCCAAGGCCUUCCAGGACUACAGCGCUGUAGCGGCCCCCAGUCCUGUGAUGGGGAGCAUGGCCCCCAACGACGCGAUGGCAGCAGGCCCCAUGGCACCCGGCUUCUUCCAGGGCCCCCCCGGCUCCCAGCAGCCCCCCCACAACCCCAACGCCCCCAUGAUGGGGCCUCACGUUCAGCCCUUCAUGUCACCGCGGUUCCCAGGGGGCCCCCGGCCCACCCUGCGGAUGCCGAGUCAGCCUCCCGUGGGCCUCCCCGGCUCCCAGCCCCUCCUUCCUGGCACCAUGGAACCCUCCCCGCGAGCUCAGGGGCAUCCGAGCAUGGGCCCCAUGCAGAGAGUGACACCUCCACGGGGCAUGGCCAGCGUUGGACCCCAGAGCUAUGGAGGUGGCAUGCGGCCCCCACCGAACUCCCUCGCUGGCCCAGGCCUGCCCACCCUGAACAUGGGCCCUGGAGUGCGAGGCCCAUGGGCCAGCCCCAGUGGAAACUCGAUUCCCUAUUCCUCCUCCUCCCCCGGCAGCUACUCGGGACCCCCAGGAGGAGGAGGGCCCCCUGGAACACCCAUCAUGCCCAGCCCUGGAGACUCCAACUCCAGCGAGAGCAUGUACACUAUCAUGAACCCCAUUGGGCCGGGCGCCGGCAGGGCUAAUUUCCCGCUCGGCCCUGGUCCGGAGGGCCCCAUGGCGGCCAUGAGUGCAAUGGAGCCUCACCACGUGAACGGAUCCCUGGGCUCGGGCGAUAUGGACGGGUUGCCGAAGAGCUCCCCCGGCGCUGUGGCCGGCCUGAGCAACGCCCCGGGCACCCCGCGGGACGACGGCGAGAUGGCGGCCGCCGGGACCUUCCUGCACCCGUUCCCGAGCGAAAGCGUAAGCGACUGCGUCGACUCCCCCCCCGCGGCGGCGUCGGGCCGGAGGGGCCUGGCGGGCAGGCCCCGGCGGGGCGGCCGGGGGGCCAGAGCAAGACCGUGACCGCGGCGGGCCAGUACUCGCCCGGGAUGACCAUGAGCGUGUGAUGGGGCAGCAGCCCCUUGCCCACUGCCGGCCUCGGCUUCUGCCUAGUGCCCCUGCCUGGGACCAAGGUUCAGGGGCUCGGGCAGUCUGCUGGGUGAGGGUCUGAGGUCACACCUCGGGCGACUGUACUCCAUCCAGUUCAAGGAUUGGACAGCUGGGAAGCCCGGCACAAAGGACUCUCAUUUUAUAAAAAAAGAAAAACAAAAAAACCACGCAAGGACCUCAGAGACGUUCUUUCCUGUAUAGGCCCUUCUUGUCAUUUCUAUUUUGUCCCAGGGGGCUCCUUGGGGACCUCCUUUCCCCUGGACAGCAGGGGUGGGCCCCAUCAAUAAAUGUAACUUGGUUUUGGUUUUUGGUA